UAAAAUGCCUCCCUCCUCCUUCACACUACUUCCUCCUCUGAACAGGAAGUAGCUCAUAUGCAGCAUGAUGGCGAGGGUAACACAGCUGAUCUCCCUUCUCUGCGUUUUCAUCGUAAUUACCGGAUCCAGUGAUGUGUCUGUGCAGGUUGGAGAUUCUGUACAGCUGGACGUUCAGAUUAAAGAACAGACAUUUUCUUCCUUUAUCUGGAAACACAAUAAUAAUAAUGUUCUGAGAUAUAUUUCUAAAGGUAAAAUUAUUAAGCAUGACCCUUAUAAAGACAGAGUGGAGUUUAAUGAGGAAACCUACAGUCUGACUCUGAAGAAUCUACAGAAGACUGAUAGUGGACUGUAUGAAGCGAUAACGCGCAGUCAAACAGAAACAACUGUUGCUCAGUAUAAUCUCACUGUGUGGGAUCCAGUGGAGCCUCCAGUUCUGACUCUCUAUAAAAGUGCUGACUCCUGUAACAUCACCCUCACCUGCAGAGGUCACGACCUCUGGAUUAACACCACCUGUUAUAAUACAACCUGUGAGGAGAAGAACGUGACAUCACCUGGAGGCGUCGCCCUCUUCCUGUCAAUCAAAGACAGCCUCAUUAUCUGUAACCUGAGCAACCCAGUCAGCUGGAAGCAGGAGAAAAUAACAUUACAAAGCUGUGAUUCUGGAGAGAACCCACCCGGGGACCCGCAGAAGGAGUGGAAUUGGCUGUUGUACGUCUUGAUUGGUGUCGUGGGAGUUCUGUUGAUUCUGAUUGUCCUGGGUAUCGCCUACUUUUGCAAAAAAAAGAUGAAAGGAAAUGCUUCAGCAGAGUGUGAAAACACUAUCUAUCAGGAUGUUGGGUGUGUGCAGGAAAGACCUGCAGCUACAAGGACAUUAGAGGGGCCCUCCACUGUGUACAGCACUGUACAGCCAAUGUCCAGACAGGACACUGAACUCCGGCAACCGAAAUCCCCAGUGAGCAGCGUGCCUUCCAACACUUACGAAUCGGUUCCUGAUCAGAUGCAACCUGAAACCAUCUACGCCCAGGUGCAGAAACGCCAGCACUGAGCGAAGCCUCACUGGACGGAAGCGCGUGAGUUUGUGCACUAGUGAAAAUAGUGUGAUUGGAUUUAUUCAGUGAGUCAGCAGUGUGUGUAGUAGUGAAUCAGUGUGAAUCAGUGUGUAAUGGAUGAAUCGUGGUGGAUUUCUGGUGAAAGAACACACUGUAUGUGUGUCACUUCAUUUCCUUUGUACAUUUUAUUUUUCAUUUGUUUUUUUCUAUUUUUGUUUUUACAAUUAAGAUUUAACUGUAUUUGCGUAACCCUUUAAAGCACGGUGGUCACUGAGGAACAUUUUAUAUAUUUUAUAUAUAUUUGUAAAAAUGUUUUCUGGGGACAGUUCACAACAUAGCGCACAGGAAGUGAUGUAGAAGUGUAGGACGUGACGUUCUGAGCAGCCCGGAGGAUUUCCUGGCUUUAUAUAUAUAUAUAUAUAUAUAUAUAUAUAUAUAUAUAGGAUAUAUAUAUAGGAUAUAUUUGAGCACAGAAGCCAUUGUAUUGCCGUUAUUGUAUAAAAUAUAAUAUAAAAACACUUCAAAAAUGACCUUUAACCCUGCAGAUAAAGCAUUACAACCCAAAACUAGAUUAGUAAACCUGACAAUUUUAAAUAAAUUCCCUGUGCGCUAAAAAAAGGGUUAAAUAUUAGUCUUAGCUUUUUUUUUUUCUUUUGUAAACAUAUAUUUGUGUAUGUGUAUGCUUCGUAUUCUGCGGUUUGAAUUUGCACUGUUAUGUUUUUAUUUUUUAGAGUAUAUUUAAUUAUAGAAAUAUAAACAAGAUAUAGUAUAGUGCUGAAAUUUGCAUCCCCGCCAUGAAAAGCACCCUCUCUCUGCAGUGCAGUGCGUACACACCGUCUUCCUGAUAAAAGUGGAGAUAACUGCUUUAGCUCACUUUAAUUAGAAAUACACUUCUAAGAGGGGGUGCUUUUUUACGGCGGGGGUGCAGAUUUUGGUGCGAUUUGAAAAUAAACGUUUAUUUGAAUAUCAUUACCAUAAAUUGAUUCAAAUUAUCGUAAUAUCUUACCGUGACAGCUAAGUAAGCAGACAAAAUUAAAGAUAUUAAGUGCAAUUAAAAUGAUUAAUUUCUGAAUUGGCACAGGUGUAUUCAGUGUGAUGUGAACGGUUAAUUCCUUAAACCUCUUUUUUUAAUAAAGGACAACAUUUCUCAAUAUUUAUAGUAAUGUAUUUAGUCAGAGCGCCGUUUAAACAGUAACAGUGCUCAUGAAUAUACAGCAUCUAUGCUGAUGGACGUUUCUGUCGUAUUGCUAUCUAGGCAACUAAGGCUACGUUCACAUUACGAGCCACGUUGCUCAAAUCUGAUUUUUUGCUUGACAGUUCACAUUCAGAAAUGUACAGUAAAUUAUCUGUAUCUGUGUGUAAUGUGAACGAAUCUGUUCCGGAAUUAUUAAUACCUGUAUAAACGCUUCUUUCUUC